GGAUAUUAACAAAAGCAAAGUCAACUAAACCUUCUCUCUCUCUCUCUUCCCUUAUUCUCUUUUGACUGCGCCACCGCCAAAUGUUUCCCCGUCGAACCUCCGUCGUCUACAUCCUCCUCAUCUUCACCAUAUCAUCCUCUUCCCUAGUCUCAGCUCAGAACUCCACCUGUCCUCUCGACUUCUCCGUCCUACAACCCUUCAAACGUCCAAGACCAGACGGCACCACCACCUGCCAAUACCUCCUCCAAGGCCUCCGCCUCGUCUACUCACACCACCUCCGUCAAACCGGUUCCUUCACCCCACCUCUCUCCUCCGCCGCCUCUUGCUGGGACGCUUUACAGUCUUCAAUCUCCGGGUUCCUCCCUCGCUUCGACGUCAGAUCAAGAUGUGGUUUCCAGACGCCUUGGAUCUCUCAGGGAUGUAUGAACAUCACCACCAGGUCUCAGUUUGAAGCCUUGAUCCCUAACUCAACUCUGAGCACGGCUGUGAUGAGAUGUAACCUCUCUCUUGAGAGUAAUACUCCUUGUGCUUCCUGUACUCAGAGCUUGUCUGCGUUUCAGGCUUAUCUCACUGGAGAUUCUAUAGGAAACGUCUCUGAUUGUACUGCCUUCUCGUCGAUCUACGGUGCUGCUUUCGCUAAUAGGUUCGGUCCGGUGGAUAAAGGUACAGCGAAAUGCUUGUUUCUUCUUGAUCUUGCUUCUUCUAGUAGUAGCGGGUCUGGUAAGAAGGUGGUGAAGAUAGUUGUUCCGUUUCUUGCUCUGUUUCUUGUAUCAUCCGGUUUGAUUCUUUGGUACUACAUGAGGAGGAGAAAGAGAGACUUCAAGAUGAGGAAGAUGAAGCUGAGAGAUAGUUUAGAAGCGGGUACACGUUCUAGGCUAGACUCAAUGAGCGAGAGCACAACUCUAGUUAAGUUCACUUUCGAAGAGAUCAAGAAAGCUACCAAGAACUUCUCAAGGCACAACAUCAUAGGCAGGGGAGGUUAUGGCAACGUGUUCAAAGGCGUGUUGCAAGACGGCACUGAAGUUGCUUUCAAGAGGUUCAAGAACUGUUCAGCUGGUGGAGAUGCUAACUUUGCUCAUGAAGUUGAGGUUAUUGCGAGCAUACGCCACGUGAAUCUUCUUGCCCUGAGAGGCUAUUGUACAGCUACUACGCCUUAUGAAGGUCAUCAGAGGAUCAUUGUGUGUGAUCUUGUGAGUAAUGGUAGUCUUCAUGACCAUCUAUUUGGAGAGUUAGAGACUCAUCUCGCCUGGCCUUUAAGGCAGAGGAUCGCGCUUGGGAUGGCGAGAGGAUUAGCUUAUCUACAUUACGGCGCGCAGCCUUCGAUCAUUCAUAGGGACAUCAAGGCUAGUAACAUUCUCUUGGACGAGAGGUUUGAAGCUAAGGUUGCAGAUUUUGGGUUAGCUAAGUUCAACCCUGAAGGAAUGACGCAUAUGAGCACGCGUGUCGCGGGUACAAUGGGAUAUGUAGCUCCAGAGUACGCGCUCUACGGGCAGUUAACAGAGAAGAGCGAUGUGUACAGCUUCGGUGUGGUGCUUUUGGAGCUUCUGAGUGGGAGAAAGGCCAUUGUGACGGACGAGGAAGGGCAGCCUGUGUCAGUAGCUGACUGGGCGUGGGCCCUUGUCAGAGAAGGGCAGACGUUGGACGUGGUGGAAGAUGGUAUGCCGGAGAAGGGAACUCCGGAGGUUAUGGAGAAGUAUGUGCUGAUAGCAGUGCUUUGCUCUCACCCUCAGCUACAUGCUAGACCGACAAUGGAUCAAGUGGUGAAGAUGCUGGAGAGUAAUGAGUUUACUGUUAUCUCUAUACCUCAACGGCCGAUUCCUUUGGUGGCUUGCAGGGAGGAGAUAGACCGCUCUGUUAGUAGCAGUAGUGGCUCGGGGAAGUUGACUAGUCCCACGGGUUAUCAGGCCUUUUCCUUUGGAGCUGAUGGACCCCAAAGCAAAUAAGUUCAAUGUGUUUUUAGCUGGUAACUUGUGAAUAGUGUUAGUGUACAUUCAUUUCAUUCUUUGAUGGUUUUGUCACUUAAGCAUAUGAUAUAUCGCUUCAAUAAAUUUAUGGUUGUGUAAUCUCUUCGUCUUCAAUCCAGAGAUAACUGAAAGAUACGGUGUAGGUCCAUUAGAUAUAUAAGUCGCC